AUGUGUAUGCGGAAAUCAUCCAACAUCUCAAUCAAGAAAUCCUCGCAACCGUUUGAUCAAGUGUUAAAGAAACUUGAAGAUUUUGCCACUCAAAAUCAGUUGAAUGAACUCAAGAAGACACUUAAUCUGUUGCAAACAACUCUGUACACGCAAUCCUCCAAUCCUGAAAUUGUCUGUCCUCACUAUAAACACGGAUUUAGAGCCUGCUCCCACUGUUUCAAAAGCAGCCAUAUGGAAGGUAACUGCUUUGUCAAACAUCCCGAGAAACGACAGCCUAAACCAGUUGCUUCAUCCUCAAAACAACACUCGACCCAUCUCACUCGCUACACCCAAGAAGACAAGGAGUACCUCCAACAAAAAUACCCUGAUCUUCAUCUUUAA